AUGCCCUCAGUAACUAGAAUCAAAACCGAAAAACCCCCGACGCGUCCUCCGAUCGGAAGUCCAACACCGACGGAUGCCCUGGAUGAAAGAAUAUAUCAGCGAAAGACAGAAAACCCCAGCUUGUCUUGGGAGCAAAUCAGAACGAAUUCUUCGGCCGUGAAGCGCCAGCGUUCGGAAGAGCGUUCUGACGACGAGGAUGAUAAUCAGCCAUCCAAGAAAAGCCGCACUGGUUGUGACGACUCCAAGAACGGUAUAAACAAAUAUGAUGUCUCGUCACCUUCUAGAUCGCUAAAACUUACGCAAAAAUGGCAGCGGGCGAGCACCACUCCUAAUUUGACACAGAAGCAACUAUCUAGCGGAAUGGUUCUCCGUCGGCCUGCUGAGAAUUCACACUCAAAUCCUUCCUCGUCAAAUAGCACCAGUCAGCAAAGCUCUUUCUCUACUACACACCGAACCGCAGCACAAUCCAGCAGGUCCUCGAGCGCAGCGCCAGUCCCACCAAAGCCCAUUCCAACUGCUGCCUCCAUCCCACCCAAUGGAAACACGGAUAACAACGGCUGUGACUCACACACCCACAGCCAUCCGGAUGUCCUCUCUGAAGCCCGACUACAGGGUCUAACUGACAAGGACUGGCUAUAUAUCUUAUCCCGAGCACAGGCCUAUUCCGGUGAAAAAUUGCGCGCUGAUAACCUCGUUGCCAAAGAACGCGAAGCGCAUAUGCGCCUCGAAUUCCUCGAAACACAUCUCGCAGAAACCAAGAGAGAGCGCGACAAGCUAAUACACCAAUUCGCAUCGGCGUUCGCAGCCUCUCCGGGGUCCAGCAGGGCCGUCGAUUCUCAUUUGAAAACCGAGAGGGUGCUCGACGAGCUUAUCGAGCAUGCUGUGGAAGUAAAAUCUAUCUUCGACAAGUUAUGGAUGACUAGCAAGGUAUACAUAGCGCAGAAGGUGUGGAAGUCAGCAGAGUUGGAGGCGCUGGUGCUAAAGGGUAGCACGGUCCUUACGAAAAUUGACAGAAUCAUUAAAGAACAAGAGGCAAGGGGGAAGAGUACCUGUGGUUUGUUUGGAUGCUAA